AUGGACACAGAAGAUGACGCAUUGCCACACAAACCAGCAACAUUACAAGUUGAAUUUAUUCGUCAAACAUUAACACCAAUUAUUAUUAUCAUUGAAGUUCAAUAUUUACUAUCAAUAACAACUCCGUUAUUUAAGAAAAUACAACAUCUAUGUUCUCUUAUAUUCACAUCCAACAAUUAUAUUUAUUCAUGGGGUUCAGCAUUACAAGAACUUGGAAAAUUAAAUUCAUUUCAAUUAUUCACCACCAAUAUUAAAAUCCAAGAAGAUGAUGUACAAGAUACAUAUGAUAUUAGUCAAAAGCAAUCAUUACAAAAAACAAUUAAAUAUGAAUUUAAAGAAUACUUAAAUAAAACUGCAACAUUAUCCGAAUGGGCCUGUGGUGUUGAUUUAUCAUUAGGUACUUAUAUUCCAGAUAAUGUAGUUGGUCCUGAACGUACAUAUCGAAUGCGUGAAGAAAAGAAACAUCGAGCAAUAUUAAAAGAAUAUGCAAUUAAUGAUGUUUUUGCUGUUACACGAUUAUCGUACAAAUUAAAUUUAAUACAAUUUUCACCAACAAGUUAUUAUGAGGAUAUCCCUGAAGAUGAAGAAGAUUUAAAUGUACAACAAGAAUUAUCAAUUGAUAUACAAUCACUACCUGAAGAAUUAAUAGUUCAUGUUACAGAUGAACUAGAAGUCACUAAUGAAAAUGAAUUAUCAAACCAACCACACGACGAUAUUGAACCAACUCGACAAAUAAACGAUCAACCUUAUGAAUCAAAUGAUAUUAAUACAAUACAUGUGGAACAAGAUGUUAUUGAACUUCAACUUAAUGAUGAUAUGGAUAUACAAUCUUUACCUGAAAUUAUGAAAGUUCAUUUUUAUCAUGAACCAAGUCGUCCACAUCUACAACAACAUCAUAAUGAACAGUCAUCAAUUCAACAGAUGACAGUUCAUGUAACAAAUGAACAACAUCAGGUGAGCAAUUCUCAUCAUUUAGGUCCAAAUCCAACAACAACGUUUACAUCCAAACAACUAAGAAAUCGAAAGACAAAUCGUCGACAUCGUAU